AUGGGGGGCGUGCAGUGUGGCCUCUGUGGCUUUGCCUUCUACUCCCGGAAGUACAUCUCGAAGGCUUCCCCUAGUUCCGCUGGGAUCUGCCAGCCUGGGGUGUCUGAGGUCCCUGAGGGGCUGGGUGGGCUGGGCCUGCUGCAAAAGGCUCAGGAAGCCAGCCCUGUCCUGCUGCCCACGAGCUUGCGGACACUGCUGGUGCCAGGUGUCGGGGACUAUGGCCCCAGUGGGGCCAGGACUGGCAAGGUCAUUGUCCAAGUCAGGAUAGAAGGGAGAUCAGCAGAGCUCCCUGGAACUCAGACCUUUGUCAUGGCACACACCCCACUCAAUUGGAGUGCCCCGGGGGCUCCCGUGAAGGCUUGGUCAGGCCAACAUGCUUCUUCUAGGGAACAAAGUCUGGCCAGCACACAAUCCAGGCCUUCGCUGGAUGACUCCUCCUGUAACCCCAAGAGUGUUUAUGAGAACUACCGACGCUGGCAACGCUUCAAGUCCCUGGCCUGGAGGCACCAUCCCCAAAGUCCCGAUACAGAGGCUCUUUCUUGCUUUCUCAUCCCAGUCCUGCAAUCCCUGGCCCAACUGAAGCCCACUAUGACCCUGGAGAAGGGACUGUGGCGGUCCAUGCAGGAUUGGCAGCACAAAGGCAACUUUGACCGGAUGAUCUUCUACGAGAUGGCAGGAAAGUUCAUGGAGUUUGAGGCAGAGGAGGAGUUACAGAUUCUAAAGUUGCAGCAGAGGAAUGCGUCCGUGUGCUUGCCACCUCCAGCUCUACGGAAUCUUGAACCUCCCAGGCCUUCAUCCGCUGUGGUUGACCAGCACCGAGGGUUCAUUCCAAAGAAGGGAGGUCCUAAGGCACAGCACCCCAAGCAGCAUCAACACAGAGUCCAGGACCCUUGGGAGCCCAAGUGACCCAAUGAGAUCCCUCCUAAAGCCGUGAACGAGUACGCUGAAAUCAUGGAAAGUCUCUUUGGAGCUGCCCAUUCAGCCACUGUAGAGCCAGAUGGAAAAUAUCAAGAAGAAAAUGAGCAACAGCAGGAAGAGAAUGGGAUAUACUCAGACCCGGGACUCCUGAGCUACACAGACAAGCUGUGUUCACAGGAAGCAUUUAUUACCAAGGUGGAAGCAGUUAUUCACCCUCAAUUUCUGGAAAUGUUACUAUCACCAGAAUCACAGGUAGAUCGCAUGUCCUUAAUGCAGGAGCUGGAGAAAGAAGAAGGACUGACUCUCACCCAGCUAGUAGAGAAGCGAUUGCUGGAAUUGAAAGGAAAAGUGGGUGUGGAAGCACCCCCAACUUAUGGUGUGCCACCCAUGGAGUCACUUUGUACAGAGUCUGGGACCAGUGAAGAUGCAGACAGCACAGAUAACCGUGGCAUCCAACUAGGGAUCACAUUCUGCACCAUGGAGUUCGGGGCACCUGGGGUGCAUCCCAACCCCCAUCUCCUGAGACACAUGGCCUGUGCCUCCCUCACGUUUGUCAGGUUCAUGGAGUUUGAGGCAGAGGAGGAGUUACAGAUUUAG